AUGCAGAUACCUUGCCGCAUCCCUCCAAACAGUGCCGAGGCAAUGCACAGUGCGCUCAAACCAUUGCACAGUGCGCCUCGAGCCUGCACAGUGCGUUCAGGCCAUGCACAGUGCGAUCCCGAUGAUGCACAGUGCAAAACGAAGUCUGUCGCCAAGCAUGCCUUUGCACCGUGCGGAGAGUUUGCUGCGACAUGUCGCAUCUCCGCAAACGGCGAUGAGGCAAAAUGA